AUGUCUCGGACAGCAUCGAGAUCGACGAUGCGGAAGGCGUUAUGCAUAGGCGCAAUGUUGAUGACGGGAGUCAUGGGUGACCAGAUUCUGACGACGACUGGUUAUGUCGACUGCGGAAGCUUGCCUUCUAUCACGAUUACCGAACUGAGCAUGACCUAUGACAAUGAUGCCCAAACCAUCACAUUUGAUAUCGAGGGCACAAGCACCAGCAGCCAGAAUGUUACGGCAACUCUCGACGUUACGGCUUAUGGCAUCAGCGCAUUCACAAACACCUUCAACCCUUGCGACGAAAAGACCCUUGUUGAACAGCUGUGCCCUCUGCCCAAUGGCAAAUUCGUUGCUCGCGGAGUGCAGCAGGUCCCAGCUCAAUAUGCGUCGAUGAUUCCAGGAAUCGCUUUCAGUGUUCCGGACAUUUCUGCGGAGGCAGUUAUGAAGCUCAACAGCCUCGCUGAUAGCAGCAUGGUGGCUUGUAUUCAGGCCCAGGUGACCAACGGCAAGACUAUGAGCGUACCUGCUGUCUCGUAUGUUGCCGCAGGCAUUGCUGGCGUCUCUCUUGUUGCCACUGGCAUGUCUGCGGUUGGUGGUGCCAUGUCUGGAGGCGGUACUGUGGGAGUUGCUACUGCUGGUCCUACCUUCACGGAUGUCGCUGGCUGGUUUCAAGGCAUGGCCAUGGGCGGUAUGCUUUCAGUCAACUAUCCACCUAUCUACCGCAGCUUCGCAAAGAACUUUGCAUUCUCAGUGGGCCUUAUCCCGUGGAAUGGCUUGCUGAAUUCCAUUGAUGACUUCCGAGCCAAGACUGGUGGUAAUCUUACCGAAGACAGCGUGGCUUAUCUAAGAAAUCUUACCAUUCAACUCCAACAACAACAAGACGACUCAGACAACUCAACUGCGAUCAGCCUUUCAAGACUUGUUCGCCGUGACGACAGUGCAGGCGUCGGCGACAUAUCGGGCCAAAUCAGCCAGACGAUUUCGGGCAUGAAAAACUUUGCCGAGUCGGUCAGUGUUCCAAAGUCGGACGUUUUCAUGACGGCACUACUCAUCGUUGCCAUCGUCAUUGCCUCGGUCGUCACUGGUAUCCUGCUUAUCAAAGUAAUCCUCGAAUUCUGGUCUUUGUAUGGAAAAUUCCCAGAGUCUCUUGCUGGAUUCCGCAAGCAUUACUGGAGAUCCAUUGCUCGAACACUCACCACCCUCAUCCUGCUCCUGUACGGAAUCUGGGUGUUGUACUGUGUGUUCCAAUUCACGCUUGGUGACUCAUGGGCGGCGAAGCUGCUAGCCGGUCUCUCCCUCGGCAUUUUCACAGGUGUCCUCAUGUACUUUGGUAUCAAAAUCUGGAGUACGGCACAUAGGCUCAAGGCCCAGCAUGGUGACGCCGCCAAGCUGUACGAGGAUAAGCAGAAUUGGCUCAAGUACUCCAUGUUUUACGAUGCUUACAAAAAGACCUACUGGUGGCUAUUUAUCCCCGUCAUUGCCUAUACGUUUAUCAAGGGCUGUCUUGUUGCUGCAGGCGAUGGCCAUGGCAUGGCUCAGACUGUUGUCAGCUUCUUUCUGGAGCUGGCCAUGCUGGCACUCUUGGUUUUCACUCGCCCUUUUGAGCGCCGCUCUAGCAACAUUCUCAACAUCUUCAUUGCUGUUGUUCGUGUGCUAUCCGUUAUUUGCGUUUUUGUCUUUGUCGAGGAAUUCAAUGUUCAGCAGACGACCCAGACCGUCAUGGGUGUCGUCAUGAUUGCUAUACAAUCAACACUGACAGUUGCACUUGCACUCCUUGUCGGUUGGAACGCAAUCAACGCGGCCAUUAAGAUGAACCCUCACCGCAAGCGCAGAAAGGAGAUGGAGAAACUCCGUGGAGACCAGGAUGAUCUGACACCCCUUGAUGCUCGCAACACGAUGCUCAUCAAAUCAAAGGCGGAUCUUGAGGCUUCGUACCCAUCCGUUCCCGACCACGAGGAGAAUCUCCCCCCUUAUUCGAAGGCGGGAGAUAGGUAUUACGCCCCUAGCAUACCGGAGGGGACAUACCACCCGGCCCUGUCUUCUAACCCUUCGCCAAACGCCAUGUAUCGCGACCUCACAGGCUCCCGACAGCCCGGAGACGCAUCUCCCAACUACUUCUCUUCUGAUGACAGCCAUGCCCAUUAUAGGGGCAAUAGCUCUGAUGGACGAGAUGGAGUGUCCCCCCAUGAAUUUGUAGGCCAGCAGAAAUAUUCUGGAUACUAA